CCCUCUUGCAUCUUGCAAAGUCAGUUGCGUCUUCGAUAUCGCAAAUACCAAGCCUGAUUUUUUUCCCCCGGUUUCGGCAGCUUCCACUCCGGAAGUCGACGAUCGGGUAGCAUCCAGUUCUCCGGCGGAUAGUAUGUGUUUUGGGAGCACACAAGAAAGAUGAGGACGUCAAAGGUCUCCAAAGAGACAUCGGCCCUCCUCAACAAGAUGGCCCGACCAUCCUCGCCGCCGACGACGGCACCGUCGCCACCGCAGCAUACGCGCAGGACGACGCGCUCCUCUCUCGCGCGGUUCGCGUAUAACCCAUCACCCUCUUCCGCCGCCGCUACCGUUGCCGCCGGCACGAACGCCGCAGCACAACCCGCAACGACAGCGGCGACGGACGCCAUCCACGAUAUCGUCCUGGGCGUCGCCGACAUCGAAGAUGCGGUCGCAAACACGAGGACCAGGAAACGCAGACGGAUCACCAAGACAAAGGAUGAUGCACUUAGCGCGGACACCGGGCACGGCGUAGCAAACGUCAAGAUCGAAAAGGCCGAGACGGAAAGCACGGCAGCGACGCAGCCGUCGCCCCCGCGGCCUCGGAAGGCCGCUCGUAAGCCGGCUCGCAUCAUCAGGGGCGUCGGCACCGCCGCCGAGCCUCGCGUCGAACCGCCCUCCGAUUGGGAAACGAUGUACGACGCGGUCAAGCAGAUGCGGCUGCACGGCACCGCGCGCAACGCCGCCGUCGACACCAUGGGCUGCGAGCGGCUCUUCGAUCCAGACGCCUCGGAGCGCGAUCGCCGGUUCCACAUCCUCAUCGCGCUGAUGCUCUCGAGCCAGACAAAGGACACAGUCAACGCAGUGGCCAUGGGCAGGCUAAUGGCGGAGCUGCCGCCGCACGAGCCGGGCGCGGCGGGCGGGCUGAACCUGGAGAACGUGCUCGCCGUGGAGCCCGCCGUGUUGAACGAGCUGAUUUGGGCGGUAGGGUUUCACAACAACAAGACCAAAUACAUCAAGGCAUCUGCUGAAAUUCUCCGCGAUAAGUUCGACGGCGACAUCCCCGACACAAUCGAAGGGCUCACGUCACUCCCCGGGGUGGGGCCCAAGAUGGCCUACCUCUGCCUCUCGGCGGCGUGGGACCGCACCGAGGGCAUCGGCGUGGACGUGCACGUGCAUCGCAUCACGAACCUCUGGGGGUGGCACAAGACGACGCAACCCGAGGCGACGCGUCUCGCGCUGCAAGGCUGGCUGCCCCGGGACAGGUGGCGCGAGAUCAACUGGCUGCUCGUCGGGUUCGGCCAGACCGUGUGCCUGCCGGUCGGGCGGAAGUGCGGCGACUGCGAGCUCGGGCUGCGCGGGAUGUGUCGGGCGGCGGAGAGGAAGAAGGUCAACGAGGGGCGUAGGGCGAGGGAGGUGAAAAUCGAGGUGAACGAGGAGGAUGGCGGCGGCGUGGUUAUCAAGAAAGAGGAGGUCGUCAAGGAAGAGGAAAUCAUACGAGAUAGGGUCGUUAGCAAGGCUACGGGGGAGCCCGAGUUGGGGGAUGGCGAGCAGCGGCCUGCAGCAGAAGGAGGAGGGCUGGAGGAGACAGCGAGUGCGGAUGCCCCGCGGAGAAGGCGGAAUGGAAAGGCAUCACCGCAAAGGCAUAAAUAGUCCGUCCUAGCGACUGGGGAAAAGGGGGGGAAGCCCACGCUGAAUAACUCGGGAGCUCCGACAUAAGAGACAC